CCCUCGCUCGCUCUCAGCAUUCCUGACGGCAAAGGAAGAAAAGACGGUGAAAACACGAAGGUACAUCUCUAUGAGAACUGCCAACUUGGUUGAAAUGCAGGAAGGGGAAUAAGGCCUUUGACAGGUUGGUACUGACUAUGGACCAAGAGGAGGAAGGAUUCUUGGGAACAAGGCAUGAAGGACAUAAUUGAGAAGCCUUGAUUCAUUCAGAUUUCUGUUCUUGAACCUCAACUGUAAUGAGCUGUUUCCUGUUGUUGCUAGAAAGAAAUUUUGUAACUUCUUUUAUAAUAUCAAGGAGAUAUUUGGGAUCAAGAAAAUUGUCUCAGUUGCACAAAAUCAAAAAUGGCAUAUAGUUGGCCAAGAGACCCAAAUGACAUUGACCCACAGGUAGAUGGAUAUGAUCACCAACACUUUCGCCAUGGAAACCAGUGCCUUUCUUCCCACCAGGUCAAACUGGGCUUUGAUGAGCUAGUGGAAGAGAUCAAUAAUAAAAACCCACUGUGUGAGAGUGUCAAAGAAGAAAGCCUUCAUUUUGUGGUAGGUGCACCAAACUUGGGUUCAAAAUGGCAAUCCAUCCACGGAGCACACCCAAGACACUUGAAUGAAUUCAGUUCUCAGAGCCCUGACAUCUCCCACUUUCAGUAUGGAAAAACAUCAGCCAUUGGUUUUAAUCCUACUGUGUUACCUACUCAUCAGAUCACAGAUGAGGGAGACUCCUGGAGAAAUCCCAGAGAAAUAUAUCACAGUGCUGAGGAUCCCAGGUUUAACACUCUAACUCAGUCAUCUACUGGCCUGGAUAAACAUAAUCCACAAAGACAAUCAGGAAAUGAAGAUCAUAACUGCCAUAGAGAACUUAAAAGCAGCGUCCUCCCUCAUUAUUCAUCGUACCCAAUGGACUCUAUACACUAUAGAGACAACCAAGAAAGUGGAGGUGUGAGCCUCAUAGAACCUUCUCUGAUGUCCUCUAAAGACCCCCUUCUACCUGGGGCAUGGGAGAGCACAUCGCUGGAAAAUGUGGAGACAGUUGGUUGUCCCAUUCAAAUAGUUGAAGUACCUCAAGGAAGUAGCAAGAGCCUGGCCUCAUUUUGUGACAAAGUAAGAAAAAUAAGAGAAUCGUAUAGUGCAAGUGACAUUAAUUCCAAUUCUGGAAAGAUCUGGGCAAUCACUACUGUUUACCCAUCCCAACUCUUCGAGGGCACCAAGUUUAGAGUAAAUGUUUCUAUUAAUGCGGCACCGAUGCUUCAUCUUCUGCCACAAGCUAAUUAUCUUGUCAAAGACCUAAUUGCUGAAAUUCUGCUUUUAUGUGCAAAUGAGCAGCUUUUCCCCAACGAGUAUCUUCUAAGAGUAUGUGGCUCUGAAGAAUUUUUACAGAUGGAUCACUGCUUAGGGAGCCACAAAAUAUUUCAGAAAAGUAAAUCUGUUUUUCAGCUUCAUCUUCAGAAAAACAGAGAUGCCCCAGGAAAGUUCCGUCGGAAGAGUGAAGAUGACCACAGUCUGUUUCUUCUGAAUCAGCUCCUAGAAUUUACACAUAUUUGGAAAAUAUCCAGACAAUGCCUCUCCACAGUAGUAAAGAAAUACAGCUUCCAUGUCAAACAGCUGCUGGAAAACCAGGAAGAUCUGGAGAAGAAGCAUUUGUCAUCUGUGUUUUCCAGUGCUCCCCAUCCUAUCCAGGUCUUCAGCCAACCAGUGUCCUCUAUCUAUUUCUGGGUCUUAGCUUCAAAUCAUCCCAUCCCCCACUCCAUCCAAAUAUCUGAGGUUUCAUCUAUCAGUACCUGUCAGAACACACAUGUGAACAAUAUUAUUGAAGAAGUUAAAAAUAUAUGCCGUGUUCUGGGGUGUGUUGAAACUAAGCAAGUUUCAGAUGCAGUGAAAAACCUAAAUCUACUUCAGAAGGGACAACCGCAGAAUUUUCAUCAGAAAUCAGAAACUUCAAAAAAAGGCUUCAUGGAGAAAGCGACAGCUGAGCUAUCAAGGGCCAUCUACCUGCUCAUUGAAGUGUACUGCAGCAGCUUCUCCACAGAUUUCCAGCCUGGGCAUCUACCUGGAGGUGCCUCCAGCAGCCAUACUGGGCUCCAUUCCCACCUGAGCUUCACAGUGUGCAGCCUGCACAAUGUUCCAGAGACUUGGGCACACGGCUACAAAGCAUUUUCGUUUUCCUGCUGGCUCACAUAUGCUGGGAAGAAGCUGUGCCAAGUGAAAAGCUGCAGAUCCGUGCCAGUCACAAAAUCAUUCUUUCUUUUGGUCAACUGGAAUGAAAUAAUCAAUUUUCCUCUUGAGAUAAAGUCACUUCCAAGAGAAUCCAUGCUCAUUAUAAAAGUGUUUGGGAUUGACUCUGCCACCCACAGCGCAAAUCUGCUGGCCUGGACCUGUCUUCCACUGUUCCCAAAAGAAAAGUCUAUGAUGGGGUCUAGGCUAUUCAGCAUGACAUUUCAGAGUGAGCCUCCCAUAGAAAUGAUAGCUCCAGGAAUAUGGGAUGGGAGCCAGCCUUCCCCACUGACCCUGCAGAUUGAUUUUCCAGCUGCUGGGUGGGAAUACAUGAAACCUGAUUCUGAGGAGAACAGAACUGACGUUGAAGAGCCACCAAGAGAGUGUUUAAAACACAUCGCCAGACUGUCCCAGAAGCAGACUCCUUUGCUACUUUCUGGGGAAAAGAGAAGAUACCUGUGGUUUUAUCGUUUCUACUGUGAUAAUGAAAAUUCCUCCCUCCCUCUGGUUUUGGGUAGUGCCCCUGGAUGGGAUGAAGGGACAGUUUCUGAAAUGCAUGCCAUCUUGAGAAGGUGGACAUUUUCUCACCCACUGGAAGCACUUGGUCUUUUGACUUCCAGUUUUCCAGACCAAGACAUUCGUGAAGUGGCCGUGCAACAGUUAGACAGGCUCUUGACUGGUGAUGUGCUGGAGUGUCUCCCACAGCUGGUUCAGGCUGUCAAGUUUGAGUGGAAUCUUGAAAGUCCCUUGGUAGAACUCCUACUUCGUCGUUCUUUGCAAAGCAUCCGGGUGGCCCACCGUCUCUACUGGCUGCUGAGGGAUGCACAAGGUGAAGCCUUCUUUCAAAGCUGGUAUCAGAAGCUGUCGGCCGCUCUCCAGUUCUGUGUAGGAGAAGCCCUGAACGAUGAGCUUUCCAAGGAGCAGAAACUUGUCAAACUUCUGGGUGAUAUCGGAGAGAAAGUCAAGUCGGCCAGUGACCCUCAGAGACGGGAUGUUCUAAAGAAAGAGAUUGGCAGUCUAGAAGAAUUCUUUAAAGAUAUAAAGACUUGUCAUCUUCCUCUGGACCCAGCACUGUGCAUAAAAGGAAUCGAUCGUGAUGCAUGCUCAUAUUUCACAUCUAAUGCUUUGCCAUUGAAGAUCACUUUCAUCAAUGCUGAUCCAAUGGGUGAAAACAUCGGUGUUAUUUUUAAGGCUGGGGAUGAUCUUCGGCAAGAUAUGCUUGUUCUGCAGAUUAUUCAAGUGAUGGACAACAUUUGGCUGCAGGAGGGCCUCAAUAUGCAAAUGAUCAUUUAUAGAUGUCUGUCUACAGGAAAAGCCCAAGGAUUGAUAGAGAUGGUGCCAGAUGCCAUAACACUUGCCAAGAUCCAUCUCCACUCUGGGUUGAUAGGACCACUGAAAGAAAACACCAUCAAGAAGUGGUUCAGUCAGCACAACCACUUAAAAGAAGAUUAUGAAAAGGCCCUGAGGAACUUUUUUUACUCUUGUGCUGGCUGGUGUGUGGUAACGUUCAUCUUGGGAGUCUGUGACCGACAUAAUGACAACAUCAUGCUGACAAAGUCAGGCCACAUGUUUCAUAUUGACUUUGGAAAAUUCUUGGGUCAUGCACAAACAUUUGGCGGCAUAAAAAGGGACCGAGCCCCUUUCAUUUUUACUUCAGAGAUGGAGUAUUUUAUUACCGAGGGUGGAAAAAAUACACAGCAUUUUCAAGACUUUGUGGAGCUUUGCUGCAGAGCUUAUAACAUUGUCAGGAAACACAGCCAGCUGAUCCUGAGCCUUCUGGAAAUGAUUUUGGGUUCUGUUGAUAUGAAGAUGCUGCAUGCAGGACUGCCUGAGCUAAGUGGAACUGAAGACCUGAAAUAUGUGUAUAACAAUCUCCGUCCACAAGACACAGACCUGGAGGCCACAAGUCAUUUUACCAAGAAAAUAAAGGAAAGUUUGGAGUGUUUCCCAGUUAAACUGAAUAACCUGAUCCACACUCUUGCACAGAUGCCAGCCAUAAGCCUCGCCAAACCAACCCCUCAGACUCUUCCCCAGGAAUCCUACACCCUACAUAAAACCAGGACGAUUCAGAGAGUCACAAUAUUAGGGCUCAGCAAGACACACAGCAACCUGUACCUGAUCGAGGUGACCCUCAGUGACAAGAGGAAAAGCCUGACCCAAAAGUCAUUCGAGCAGUUUUCCAGACUUCACAGCCAAAUUCAGAAGCAAUUCCCGUUGCUGCCUCUCCCAGAGUUUCCUCACUGGUGGCACUUACCGUUUACUGAUUCGGAUCACAAGAGAAUCAGAGACCUAAGUCAUUACGUGGAACAGAUGCUGAGCGGGUCUUACGAAGUCGCGAACAGUGAUUGUGUACUUAGCUUUUUUCUCUCUGAACAUAUGCAACCAACACUUGAAGACUCUCAACUUGUGGGUCCAGGUGAGAAAUAUUCAGACAAUAACCCUAAGAUACAGUUACUGAUGACAUAUGAGGACUCGAAGCUCACCAUCCUGGUGAAACACAUGAAAAACAUUCAUCUCCCAGAUGGCUCUGCACCCAGUGCCCAUGUUGAGAUGUAUCUUUUACCACAUCCCAGCGAAGUUCGCAAGAGGAAAACAAAGUCUGUUCCAAAAUGCACUGACCCCACUUACAAUGAAAUUGUAGUGUAUGAUGAAGUCUUGGAGCUCCAAGGCCAUGUCUUAAUGCUUAUUGUGAAGAGCAAGACUGUAUUUGUGGGAGCAAUCAACAUCCAACUCUGCAGUGUUCCCCUCAAUGAAGAAAAGUGGUACCCAUUAGGGAACAGUAUCAUCUGACCAAUGCCAUGAGCAUAUGCAUUAUUGAUCAUGCACUUGCAUGUUUUUAACUUCAAAUUUCCUCUACAUAAGCAAGACAUCUUUCAUGUGGAAGAUAGCAGGGUAUAAAGGACACGGGAGAAUCAGAAUCAGAUCAAAAUCAGUCUUAUGUUGUUAUUUAUUUUCUAUUCUUUCCUUGUUUCCUCAUCAUAUUUUCUCAUUGGAAUAUUCACCAUGUAAAAUUCCAUGUGUACAAUAAUGAAAUGAUUAUUGGUUUUAAUAUAUAUUUUGAAUCAAAUAUAGGUCUACAUCUUUUCUUAAUUGCUGUUAUAAUCAAAAUUAUACUUUCAAGAUGUUUUCUAAAGAAUGACAGCUAGAAAAAGCUCGUGAAUGAAUUUGAAAGCUAAGAACAUCUGCAAUUGAUUUAAAACUUAAAUAUGUGUACAACCCAUAUGUCUAGGCAUGAUCAUAUUUAUUGAGAGAACUGGUAAGAUCCAGCCAUGUGCAAUAAUUUUUCUAUCAUCAAGAAACUAAGGUUUUCUAUUAGAUUUUUUUCUUUUAAUAAUUCCUUGCACAGAUAUAGUGCCUUUCAUUACUCUGGUCUCUCACCCUAUCUUAGUUCCUUCCCACUCCUAUCAAAAAACACUCUUCCCUACAAAUUUCUUUUCCAUAUUUGUGUAGAGUUUUUUUCUUCCUGAGAUGGGUAUCUUACUGUAUAUUUCUGACUGGCCUAGAACUAGUUAUAUAGACUACGCUUGCCCCAAACUCACAGUGGUCCUCCUGCUUCUGUCUCCCUACUGCUGGGGUUCCAGGUCACUGAAUCUGGCCUGGAAUUAGUGAGUUCAGCUCUUAGAAGAAUUUCCUUUUGACACCAAUUAGUUCAUUGUCAUUGUUUCUCCCAGCCAUGGUCAUGUUUGUACCUUUAACCUUAUUGAUCCCAAAACCCAAAAAGUCAAACUUUUGAGUUUAUGGUUUCAAACUCCUUUUCAUUUGUUGAAUGUUGUCAUUGCACUUGAACCUUCCCCUUGUGCUCACCAUGACCUGAAUAGACAAUCUUACAAAGUGUUGCCUGAAUAGCAGACAAACCUAUGAUUGUAUGCCUUCAAAAUAAUCAAACUGAAAGUUUAAAAAUGAAAACAUCUGCCAUGAAAAUUGUCAUUGGUUUUGUUUCUUUAUUCUUUAUUUGCUUCAUUAAAACAAAGAAUUCAAA